CCGGCAUUGUCGUUGAUGGAGGAAUCCCAGGCCUGAGAGAAGCAAGCAAUUCUUGUUUCAAAAGCAGGGGGAGCUCCAAGAUCAAGGCUGAUUACCCUGUCAUGGUCUCCCAGCCCCCCUCUUUGUUUAGAUCAGGGAAUUUCAGACCGGCACCCUGGGGUAGAGAAUCAGAUGAGCAGAAACAAGGCAGGGAGGCCGCCGGAGGUUCCUGCAGAGGGAGCGUCCAGGCCCUGUGCUGUUCUCCCUGGGAGGCACCAGGGUCACCCAGCAUGCCCGUUGGCAGAACAGAGGGGACUGACCCACUUGUUCCCAUCAGCUGCUGAAGGUGACACUGAGCCCCGGGUGACCCCUUCCCAGCAAAACAGGUGCCUAUGUUUGUUAGACAAGCUUAGCUCCAAAGUCCAGAGGUGCAGAGAGCCAGGACCAAGAGACGCAUUGCAUGCCAGGGAUGGACAGAUUGCCAGAGAUGUGGUGUGUUGUCCUGUUAUCCCUGUUGGCACAGUCUUAUGCUGAUUUCCCCAUGCAUGGGAAGAUCCUGUCUCCCAACUAUCCUCAGGCAUACCCCAAUGAGGUAGAGAAAACUUGGGAUAUAGAAGUUCCAGAAGGGUACGGGAUCCAUCUCUACUUCACCCACCUGGACAUAGAGCUGUCUGAGGACUGCGCAUAUGACUCGGUGCAGAUAAAGUCGGAAGGCAUUGUAGAAGGGAACCUCUGUGGACAGAGGACCAGCAAGAAUCCCAACUCCCCAAUUGUGGAAGAGUUCCAAAUCCUGUCCAACAAACUCCAGGUGAUCUUUAAGUCGGACUUCUCCAAUGAAGAGCGUUUCACUGGGUUUGCUGCAUACUAUGUGGCAGUAGAUAUAAAUGAGUGCACAGACUUUGCAGAUGUCCCUUGUAGCCACUUCUGCAAUAACUUCAUUGGUGGUUUCUUCUGCUCCUGCCCCCCAGAAUACUUUCUCCAUGAUGAUAUGAAGAAUUGUGGAGUCAAUUGCAGCGGGGAUGUAUUCACUGAAAUGACUGGGGAGAUCACAAGUCCCAAUUACCCCAAUACAUACCCAGAGAACUCAAGGUGUGAUUAUCAGAUCCUGUUGGAGGAAGGGUUCCGAGUGGUGUUGACUGUGCGGAGAGAAGACUUUGAUGUGGAACCUGCUGAUUCAGUGGGCCGCUGCCCUGACAGUUUACUUUUUGUUACAGGAAACCAACAAUUUGGUCCUUACUGUGGUAAUAGAUUCCCUGGACCACUAAAAAUUGAAACCAACAGUAAUGCUGUCAAAAUCAUCUUCCAAACUGACAAAAAAGGGCAAAAAAAGGGCUGGAAACUUCGUUACUAUGGAGAUCCAAUUCCUUGUCCUAAGGAAGUCAAUGCCAAUUCUGCUUGGCAGCCAGAAAAAGAAAAGUAUGUGUUCAAAGAUGUAGUGAAGAUAACCUGUCUGGAUGGGUUUGAAGUUGUAGAGGGAAGUGUUGGCAUGACAUCCUUCUAUUCUACUUGCCAAAGCAAUGGAAAGUGGAGUAAUUCCAAACUGAAAUGUCAACCUGUGGACUGUGGCUUACCUGAUCCCAUUGAAAACGGUCAUGUUGAAAAUCCAGAACAUACUUUAUUUGGUUCUGUCAUUCACUACACCUGCUCGGAGCCAUAUUACUACAUGGAAAAUGAAGACGGUGGGGAGUACCGCUGCUCUAACAACGGGAGCUGGGUGAACGAGGUGCUGGGAGUAGAGCUGCCACGAUGUGUUCCAGUCUGUGGUGUCCCCAGUAAGCCCUUUGUUGGAACACAGAGGAUAUUUGGAGGGUCCCGGACAACAAUUGAAAGUUUUCCCUGGCAAGUCUUUUUCAAAAACCCGAAGGGUGGUGGGGCUCUCAUUGAUGAGUCCUGGGUGCUGACAGCUGCCCAUGUGGUGGAGGGAAACCAUGAACCAACAAUGUAUGCUGGGUCCACCUCAGUGGUUCUUAAAGAUCUGGAAAACGCCCAGAUGCUCAUGGCUGAGCGUGUGAUUAUUCAUCCGGGCUGGAAAGUCAAGAGUUCUGAGGAAAUACGGAAGAAUUUUGACAAUGACAUUGCACUGAUACGAUUGAAAGACCCAGUGAAAAUGGGACCCAAGGUCUCCCCUAUCUGCUUACCAGGCCCUUCCUCAGAUUAUGACGCCUCAGUGGGAGAGCUUGGACUGAUCUCAGGCUGGGGCCGAACAAAGGAUAGAGAUCAUGUUUAUCGACUCAUGGGGGCAAAGUUACCCAUAGCUCCCUUAUCAAAGUGCCAGGAGGUGAAGAUCAGUGACCCGAAGAGGGAUACAAAGAGCUACGUUUUCACUGAGAACAUGAUCUGUGCUGGAGGAGAGCAGGGUGUUGACAGCUGUCAAGGGGACAGUGGUGGUGCCUUUGCUCUACAGGAUCCCAAAACAGAGGACCCCAAAUUCUAUGUAGCUGGUCUGGUGUCCUGGGGCCCCGAGUGUGGGACUUAUGGGCUCUACACACGUGUGAAGAACUAUAUUGAUUGGAUAAGGAAGACUAUGCAGGAAAAUAGUAACCCCAGUGAAGACUAAUCUAUACAGGUACCACCAACCUCUCCAAAGGCGAUGGCCAAUCUAUUGCUUUUCGUUCCUCACAAUAUUUCUAUUUUUUCCACCAGGACUGAAAGAGGACAUGGGAAUAUGAUUUCAAUAGAACUUGAUUCUUGGGCUACCUGGCUGAGGUAGUGUUAGAUGGUGACAUUAUGUUGGUGAUUCAAUGUGGCCUUAACCCAUGGGGUUCCUCCUCUGAAGACCCAGUAUGGAGAGUAACACAUGGGAAGGGCCCUUCUGUUUUGCACUAUUUCUUUGGGGAUUCCCUUUCCUGAUGUUUGCCUGGUGUUACAGUCUUGACUCUGAAAUUUAUUAUUGGGCAUAUCCUUGAUUUUUUUGGUUAUCCCUUUAUCUGUUCAAAGUUCCAUUUACUUUAUUAUUCUGAAUGUGUCUACCACUAACUUACAAUAAAACAUGUUUAUAA